AGAGAGAGAGGGAGAGAGAGAGUAGAUAAUAGAAGAAACAGCUGAACCAGUUGCCGUGUUGGUGAAUCCCAGAAGGGACCCAACAAUAGGAUACGCCUGAGUCCAGGUAAACAUUCCAUUAAAAAACAAUCUGAUAGUUGAAACAACAUAGCCCACUUCUCUCUCUCACACACGUCCUCUCUUUCUCUCUCUCUCUCUCUCUUUUGUCAAAGUUCAGUUUUUUCGUUUUUAUAUAUAACCCCUGUAUGAUUCUGUCAUCUGUGUCUCUCUCCAAAUCUUCUUUUUAUUUUGUAUUCUUUUAUCCCUCAACGUGCACAGACGCUCUUGCUCUUCUUCUUCACACAAAGAAAAAAAACAAGAAUCAAAUUUAGCUGUUUCAAAGGUCUGAAUUCCGGAAUAUUUUUGAGAAAGGGGUCUCAAUCCUCCUCUGAGUGCGGUAUUUAAGUUCCACAACGUGUUUGGACAAUUGAGGAAAAUGAGUAUGUGACAACAGUUGUUUGGAACAACCCAUCAUUAGGUUUGGUAAUGGGUUCUGCAAACAUGGAGAAGAAAUGGCUAUUCCCUCUUGUCAUAAGCUCUGUCAUAUGCAUAUUCCUUCUAGCCACUUCCUUGAACUUGGGUCUUGUCUCUUCACGACAUGCAAUCAAUUCAAUCUUCUCAUUUUUCCCAUAUCGGGUAGUAGCAAACCAAAGUAGUCUAGCUUUUGCUGAGAAUAUAGUUUCACAAGGUCCGCCCCCUCCUUCAGUACCAGCAAUUCCUCGUUUUGCCUAUCUAAUUUCCGGGUCGAAAGGGGAUUUGGAAAAGCUUUGGAGAACUCUUCAAGCACUGUACCAUCCGCUGAAUCAGUAUGUUCUUCAUUUAGACCUUGAGUCACCAGUAGCAGAAAGAUUGGAGCUUGCUUCACGAGUAGACAAUGAGACGAUGUUUAAUACAGUUGGGAAUGUAUUUGUGAUUAAGAAAGCUAAUAUGGUAACUUACAGAGGACCGACCAUGGUUGCUAAUACUCUUCAUGCCUGCGCAAUUCUUCUCAGGAGGAGUAAGGAUUGGGAUUGGUUUAUCAACCUUAGCGCCUCAGAUUAUCCUCUUGUUACUCAAGAUGAUCUUUUUCACACCUUUUCACCUUUAAAUCGAAAUCUCAAUUUCAUUGAGCAUACAAGCCAACUUGGUUGGAAGGAGGAAAAACGAGCAAUGCCUUUAAUUCUAGAUCCUGGUCUCUACUCAUCAAAAAAACAAGAUGUAUUUUGGGUUACGCCCCGCCGAACAUUACCUACUUCAUUUAAAUUGUUUACUGGUUCAGCAUGGAUGGUCUUGUCACGGUGGUUUGUAGAGUACUGCGUUUGGGGUUGGGACAAUCUACCGAGGACCCUUCUCAUGUACUACGCAAACUUUGUUUCUUCGCCUGAAGGCUACUUUCAUACUGUCAUAUGCAAUGAGCCAGAGUUUGCUAAAACUGCAGUCAACCAUGAUUUGCACUAUAUUUCUUGGGAUAUUCCUCCAAAACAGCAUCCUCAUACCCUCAACAUUAAUGACACAAACAAGAUGAUUGCAAGUGCUGCUGCCUUUGCUCGGAAAUUCAAACGCGAUGACCCUGCCCUAGACAAGAUCGAUAAGGAUUUACUUCAUCGAAGAAAAGGGAGCUUCACUCCUGGUGGUUGGUGUGCUGGCAAACCCAAAUGCUCCAGGGUUGGGAACCCAAACAAGAUCAAACCAGGUCCAGGGGCCGAAAGGCUUCGCCGCCUUGUGGGUAGGCUUACUUUGACAGCUAAGUUUGGUCAAAACCAAUGUAAAUAGAUUCUGUGGACAUUCUUGCAAAUCGAAUUAGUAAAAGGAAAAGAAAAAAGUAAAAUGAAGAGAAAACCAUACUUCUAGUCUAUCAACAAGCAAGACAACAGUUUGUUGGAGUUUAAGGGAUCAAAUUUUGAUGCUAAGCUUGAUAGAAUGGAGACAAGUCAGUGUCCAUUGAGCAUUACCCAAAGUUGUCACAUUCUUGAACCCAAAAAGGAGUUUGAUCAUAAUUGUUUCGAUAGGUUCUACAUUUAGAACUUUUACAAUCAUACAUUAUAUAUUUAGUA